AUGGAUUGCUUAGAGCUUUAUGAGGACGCUAUACACCAUAUAAACCACUCAACCACUUACAUGAGCCCAACUGACGUAGAAAAAUGGCUAAGUGUUGCUCUAGUUAAUCACCAAGCAUGCCAAAAUGGCUUCAAAGAUUUGAAAAAAAACCUCUUACAAAAUUUCUCCAAAUCACUUGUAGAUUUACUAGCCGAUAACAAAUCUUCAACUGCUUACUUCUCAAAAGUAAUCGGGACAAACUUGGUGGUGGCUCAAGAUGGUUCUGGUGAUUUUAAAACGAUAACUAGAGCUCUCAAAGCAUCACAGCAUCGAAGAACGGGAAUAGAUAGAUUUGUUAUACAUAUCAAAUCUGGUGUUUACAAAGAACACAUCUUUAUCAAGCAAUCCAUGAUCAAUUUGACACUUAUUGGUGAUGGCAUUGAUGCAACUGUUAUAACCAACAAUAGAAAUUAUAAAGACGGACACACAACUGCUGACACUGCAACCGUGCAGAUUUGGGGCUCGGGUUUCGUGGCAAUCGGGAUUACAUUUGAGAACACCGCGGGUCCUAGGAAACAACAAGCUAUCGCGCUUCUCUCAGCUUCAGAUCUAUCAGUUUUCUACAAAUGUAGCUUUAAAGGUUAUCAAGACACCCUGUGCCUCCUAAAAUACCGUCAAUUUUAUCGCGAGUGUGACAUCUAUGGGACCAUCGAUUUCAUUUUUGGUGACGCUGCUGCCGUCCUCCAAAAUUGCAAUAUUUAUGUCCGGAAUCCAUUGCCCGGACAACAAAACACAAUUACGGCUCAAGGAAGAACCGAUGCACGUUCGACAACGGGAUUUGUUAUGCAUAAUUCUCAUUUCACUGCGGCCCCUGACUUGAUUCUAGCACAAGAGUCGGGGGUGGGGUCAAUCAGGACAUUUCUCGGGCGACCAUGGAAGGACUACUCGAGGGUCGUAUUUAUAAAGUGUUAUCUUGAUAGUUUGAUUGAUUCAUUAGGGUGGAUGCCAUUUCAGGGGAACCUAGACUCUGUAUUUGAUAAAGUGUAUUAUGCAGAGUAUAUGAACACAGGAAACGGUGCAAACACCGGUGGUAGGGUAAGGUGGCCGGGGUACCAUAUUUUGUCGACCGCCGGUGAGGUGGAGCAAUUUUCCGUUCAGAGUUUCUUUGACGGAGAGUUAUGGAUUCCCUCAACAGGGGUGCCAUUUGAUUCUAGUAUUUAA